CUUUUGAAUACCCCUCUUCUUAAUCUGAAGUAUUUCGGGCAAGCCUCAGUCCGACAACAACUUGCCCAGGUGGACUUUUGGGGAUCGAUGAGCCGACAUGGAAUUCAAACUCAGCUGGCAGGCCUUGGGCGGAGCAGUGGUGGUCUACUACCUGACCCUCGUCUUCUACCGCCUCUUCGUCCACCCCUUGGCAAGCUUCCCAGGGCCCAGGCUGGCAGCCAUUUCGCGAUGGUAUGAGGGCUACUACGACGUUAUUCUGGACGGGCAGUACACCUCCAAGAUUGCAAAGUUGCACAAAGUAUACGGCCCAAUCGUCCGGAUCAGCCCACAUGAGCUACACGUCAACGACCCGGCCUUCUUCGACACCCUCUACCGCACGGAUGGCAGGUGGGACAAGUACUCGUGGGCAUACGAUGCCUUCGGGGCCAAGAACUCCACCAUCUUCUGCUCAGACCACGACGCCCACAAGGCCCGCCGCCGCGCCAUAGCCCCCUACUUCUCCAAGCCCAGCGUCGCCGCCCGGGAGCCCAUCGUGCGGCGCAACGCAGAGGCGCUGCGCCGGCGCGCGGACCUCGCCGCCGCAGGUGAGGAGUCGUUCAACCUCGGCGCGGCCGUCAGCGCCCUCACGCGGGACACGGCCAACGAGUUCACCACGGGGAGGCCCCACGGCGACCUCGACAGGCCCGACCUCGGCGCCGGCCUGUCGGCCGCGUCGCAGGGGGCCGGCCCCUUCUGGCGCGUCACCAAGCACGUGCCGUGGUUCGGCCCCGCGGUGAGGGCGCUGCCGGUGGGGUUGGUCAUGAGGGUUGCUGAUGAGAACACGAGGGCUUUCCUCGGGUCUCUUGCGCAAUCCGAGCAGGACACGCGGGAGAUCCUGGCCGCCGCGUCGUCGUCGUCCCCGCCUCCUCCUGACAAGACAGCAGCAGCAGCAGCAGCGCCGGGCCACCCCACGAUGAUCCACGCAAUAGUAGCAUCCGACCUGCCCCCGCGCGAAAAGACCUUCGCCCGCGUCCACGAGGAGGUGAUGACCGUGUCGGGCGCCGGCUUCGAGACAACCGCCAGCGCGCUGAGGCUGAUCCUGUUCCACGUGUACACCAACGAGGAGAUCCUGCACAGCCUGAGGGCAGAGCUCGCCCAGGCCUCCUCCUCCUCCUCCUCCCCCUCCUCCUCCUCCGCCACCAGCCCACCCCCGCUCAGGGCCCUCGAGCAGCUCCCCUACCUCACCGCCGUCCUGACCGAGGGGAUGCGCCUCAGCCCCGCGGUCGCGUCGCGCGCGGCCCGCGUCUCGGACAGGGACCUCUUCUACGGCGGCGGGUGGCGGAUCCCCGCGGGGACGCCCGUGGGCAUGACGGCCCUGCUGAUGCACACCGACCCCAACGAGUUCCCGGACCCGAUGCGCUUCGACCCGGGGCGGUGGCUGGCCGGGGGCGGGGGCGACACUGGCAAGGCUCGGGCGGGGACCUGGGCGCCGCCCAGGCACUACUACGCGCCCUUCGGGAGGGGCACGAGGGUCUGUCUGGGGAUGCACCUCGCCUGGGCCGAGAUGUACCUCGUCCUGGCGACCCUGGUGCAGCGGUUCGACUUCACGAUCGAGGGUGCCACGGCCGGCGACUUCGAGAUGGAGAGGGACAACUUUGCGAUUGGGACCCGGGCCGGGUGCAACUUGAUGGCUCGUGUUAGACUUCACACGGGCUGAUGGACCUUGCGCGGCCCACGUUCUCUCAACCUUGGGAGGGUCCUCUCUCCUAUAUACUCUAUAUACACUACUCGGUAAUACCCUAGGGUAGUUCGGAUGGAAUGGGGCCGCUGGGCUCCAUUAUGAGUGGGAUAAAAAGUUACCUGGAGUAGUUUAGAGGGC